AUGUCUUCGGAGCCAGCGUCGGACACCGACGCCGGCAGGAGAGGCCUCAAGAAGCCGUGUUCGUUCAGCAUCGAGGACAUCCUUUCUAGCCCAGCAGAGAAGAGCCCCCAGGUUCUGGUCCCACUGUGCCUGCGGGGCAUCUUGGACUGCGCACCCAAGGGGCUGUGUGAGCUGGAGACCAUCCCAGCCAGCUCCCUGCAGGAGGAGGAGGAAGAGGAGGAGGAAGAGCUGGAAAGUGCAGGUUGCAACUGCUGCUGCUGUUCCCACACGAGCGCCCGUUCCCUGCAGGACUUGCCGAGUUGGCUGGAUGCCCGGUUCCCCUGGCCCAUGCGUCUCUUCCAGUCGGCAGUCAGGGUCUGUAAGAGCCCCCAGGGGAACGCGAGUGAGCUGCAGACUUUUCACCAGAUCCAGCGCCGGACGCGCCGGCAUCGCACCAUAUUCACCGAGGACCAGUUGCAGGCCCUGGAGACGCUUUUCCAUCAGAACCAGUAUCCAGAUGUCAUCACCCGCGAGCACCUGGCAAACCGCAUUCACUUAAAGGAGGAGAGGGUAGAGGUGAGAUCCUGCCACUCGGGCUUAGAGAAAAUCAUUCAGCGAGAUUUCUUUCCUGAUGUGGAGAAGCUGCGAGCGCAGAAGGAAUAUCUGGAGGCGGAAGAAAAUGGUGACUUGGAGAAAAUGAGACAAAUUGCUAUCAAGUUUGGCUCCUCCUUGGGUCGAUCAUCAAGGGACACACCUGCUGCACCCUAUGUUACUCCAGCCACGUUUGAAACCCCAGAAGUACGUCCGGGUGGCCUUCCACUGGGGAAUAAAUCCAAAGCUGGCAUCAAAGCUGGGGAAGAAGGAGAAGCAGAAAAAGAUGAUAAGGACGCACUUCCCAGUCUGGACAGCUUCUUAGCAAAACACACCAGUGAAGAUAAUGCUUCGUUUGAGCAGAUCAUGGAAGUGGCCAAAGAGAAGGAGAAAGUCAAGCAUGCUUGGCUGUACAGUGCAGAAGAGGAGUAUGCACAGCGACGAAAUGAGAACCUGGCACUUCCUUCAGCAGAGCAGCAAGCUCUGGAGAAUGUGAAAGCCGGACUGGAGACCUGGGAGUACACAGCUCGAAACACCCUCAUGUAUUAUCCAACAGGUGUACCUGAUGAGGAAGAUGUAUUCAAGAAGCCCAGGGAAGUUGUCCAUCGAAACACCCGUUUUGUGAAGGACCCUUUUAGCCAAGCCGUGAGCAAAUCUCAGCUCCAACAAGCUGCAGCUCUCAAUGCUCAGUACAAACAGGGCAAAGUGGGACCAGAUGGGAAGGAACUAAUACCCCAAGAGUCUCCAAAAGUGAAUGGAUAUGGAUUUGUGGCUACCCCCUCUCCUGCCCCUGGUGUGAAUGAGUCUCCUUUUAUGACAUGGGGUGAAAUCGAAAGCACCCCUUUGCGUCUAGAAGGCUCAGAAACGCCGUAUGUGGACAGAACACCUGGACCAGCCUUCAAGAUCCUGGAGCCUGGGCGCCGUGAGAGGUUAGGACUCAAGAUGGCCAAUGAAGUGGCAGCUAAAAACCGAGCAAAGAAGCAGGAGGCCCUUCGAAAAGUGACAGAAAACUUGGCCAGCCUCACUCCAAAAGGACUAAGCCCAGUAAUGUCACCAGCUUUGCAAAGACUAGUAAACAGGACUGCAAGUAAAUAUACCGACAAAGCCCUGCGAGCCAGCUAUACUCCUUCCCCUGCCCACACAGGAACUCCUGGUUACAAGACCCCGGCAAAUGGGCCUCAUACACCCACAAGCACCCCGCAAUCUAGGACAGUAUCUCAGACGCCAGUAUCUCAGGAUACUACAUCGAUCACAGACAAUUUACUGCAGCUUCCUAAGAGAAGGAAGGCAUCUGAGUUCUGAAUAUUCCUCUCACCAGCAAGGCGAUAGUGAACUGGCUGUGCUCAGCUGGCAGACAGCUGGAUGUUGUGAGCCAUCGGUUGUAAGGGGUGUCUAGAUACAGCUGCCAGAAUGGAAGCCAGCAGUUACAAGAUCUGGGACCAGCACUACUCUAGACUAUAUAGCUAAAGUAGCCUGUGAUAUGCUUUUUGGAAGCAGAGUAUCUCUUGCUGUGGUAUAACUCCGCUUUGAACUGCAUAGUGGGAUACACAGGGCUGCUGAAGCAAAAGGAUCCUUCUUGCAGUGGCAGAGAAGAUUCUGGCUUUUGGAAAACGGCGAUAGUUUUUUAAAGAUAUAUUUCUCUUUUUAAGAUGGCCAUGCAUUUAAAUAAGUUUCUGUACAGAUAUGUCUAUUUAUAAAAUGUGGUAAGCCUUCC